AAUAGAAUUACACAAGCGAAACUGAUCUGAAAACUAGUACAUAAUUUUUAUUUUAAAUGGAUGCAAGAAAAAAAAAAGAAAUUUCAUAAGAUAAACAAAUGUGUAUAGGGUAUAGGCUCGAUCAAUUUAGUGGCAGUGUCAACUAGCUCACGCACAGAACCACUGUAGGCCAGUUCCAUGAUAUCCAAGGAUGAGCAGCAACUUAAUUCGAUGGAGGAGGUGACAGAGAAGGCACUGAUGGAAUCGUGGUUGGAAUGGUGGGAAGUGAAGGGAUUGUAGUGGGGAAGCUGGGGAAUGUGGCUGGAAGGGGAGGCAGAGUGAACUUGGGAGCAGUGGGAAGGUUUGGCAGUGUUGGAUUUGGGAGAGAUGGCAUUUGGGUGCCUGGCACAGAUGGGAUUUGUGAUGUGGGUUUUGGCAGAGUUGGCAAUGGAGGCAGUGUAGUGGGCAUAGGCAGUGUUGAAGGCAGUGGAGGGAAGCCCUUGGGAAUCGGAAUCGAUGGAAUUGAAGUCUGCAAUAAGUGCCUGGCGCCGAAACUCAUGUCAAUGGUUGACAAACACAAUGCUGCUACAAUGAUAGUUAAUAGAGAACAAUGCUUGAGGCCUGCCAUGUUAGUUGAAAAAUAAGAAACUUGA